AUGAAGGUCUUCGCGCUCCUCGGCCUGCUGCCUACAGCUGCUCUUGCACACGACCUCUUGAGUGUUGCUUUCUUUGCGAAAGAGAAGACGCAUUUGCUGGAAUUCGUCUCAGAUAACAACCACAUCGACUAUGGCUGCCGUCCGGUAGUUAUGCCCACCAACGGUGAGCACAAGCUUCAUGCUAUGCUCACUGAAGAGCAAGUGCAUCACUACAAGAGACGUCUUGAUGCAGGCGCCAUUCGUGUCGAGACGCUUGAUCACCUCAACAAGCGACAAACAGCAACGGCACCCAUUGGGAGAGGCGAUCGUUUCAAAGGAGGCAAGGUUGCCCCUCGCGGUUUGGGCAGCCAGAAACCCGAUGUGUACGGCUCAUACCAGAGCGCCGGUAUCCUGAAUGCAGACGAGAUCUAUACCGCGUUGAAGGGUCUGGAAAAAGAGUAUGGGUUGGAGUUGUUCACCGCACCGUACAAGACAUUUGAGGGCAACACAGUCAUGGGCGGCGUAGCCAACAAAGCCGAGAAGAUCAAGAAGGAUAAACAGUACAUCUACUUCACCUCUGGAAUUCACGCUCGUGAGAGAGGUGGUCCAGAUAACCUGAUUUAUUUCAUUUCAGACCUCCUGUAUGCCAACAAGCACCGCAAAGGUCUGACCUACGGCAACAAGACCUACACCAACUCUGAUGUCAAGAAAGCCCUCGGCGCAGGAAUCGUUUUCAUUCCUUUGACCAACCCAGACGGCGUUCGCCACGACCAAGCAAACAGCAACCUCUGGCGCAAGAAUCGUAACCCAGUCUCCGCCUUGCCCGGCGUCAACGCCAGCGUUGGUGUAGAUCUGAACCGCAACUUCGACUUCUUGUGGAACUUCACCAAGACCUUCGACCCCUCAGUCUCUCCAGCAUCUAAAGACCCUUCGUCUCAGGCUUUCUACGGCACAGCUCCGUUCUCGGAGCCAGAGACACGCAACAUGAAGUGGGUGUAUGACAUCUUCCCCGAGAUCCGGUGGUUCAUCGAUGUACACUCUGCUGCAGGCACGCUGCUUUACUCAUGGGGUGACGACAUCAAUCAGUCCGAGGACCCCAAGCAGAGCCAGUUCAACCCGGCUUACGAUGGAAAGCGUGGUGUUGUCAACGAUACGCUUUAUCGUGAGUACAUCGAGGAGGAAGACUGGUACAACAUCGAGCGACAAGCUAACCGCACGACGGCGGCUAUGGCAUCUGUUGGCGGAAGACCGUACGUGCCGCAACAAGCCGUAGGCCUUUACCCGACUUCAGGUGCCUCUGAUGACUGGGCAUCUAGUCGUUGGUAUGGAAACAAGAAGCUCAACAAAGUAUAUGGAUACACUUUGGAGUUUGGAUACCCUACAAACUUCUACCCCACAGCAGAGGAGUAUGUGCAAAACAUCAUUGACACAAAUGCUGGUUUUAUGGAAUUCAUCCUUACUGCUGAUGAGAUUGGUCUGAAAGAUUGA